AUGUCUUCCAUCAAGCCUCUUACUCUGCACGCCCACCACACCGGCCCCAACCCCUUCAAGGUCGCCAUCCUCCUUGAGGCCCUCAACAUCCCCUACAAUGUCAAGCUCUGGCAAUUCGGCGAAGGCUCCAACGGCCUAAAGGGUCCCAACUUCCUUGCCAUCAACCCUAAUGGCCGUGUUCCCGCCCUUGAGGACCCCAACACCAACGUCACAAGCUGGGAAAGCUUGGCAUGCGUCAACUACGUCCUCCGCGUCUACGACACCGAGAACAAGUUCGGCCACCGUGAAGAAGCCGGUGAGCAGGGUAGAGUCGACGUUGAGAAGUGGAUUAGCUUCCUGAUUACUACCAUGGGUCCCAUGAUGGGACAGUGCAACUGGUUCCGCCACUACCACGACGUCAAGAACGAUAACGCGUAUGAGCGAUACUACGCUCAGGCUUGCCGAUGCUUUGCCGUUUUGGAGGAGCAGCUCAAGUCUCACAAUGGAGACUGGAUUCUUGCGGGUGAGAAGCCUAAUGUUGUGGACUUCCACUUUGAGCCUUGGGUGCGACAGUAUGAGUAUGCUGGUUUGACCAUGAAGGAGUAUCCUACUGUUAAGGCGUGGUUGGAUCGUGUCCAGGCUCUGCCUAUUGUUAAGCAAGCCUAUGAAAAGGUCAAGGCUGGAGAGGAGGUUCAGUAA